AUGGCAGACGGAGACGAGGUAGUUCCGCCAGAUGUCUUGGCAAGGAUCAGCGAGGAGAACGAGCGAUUAAAGCAAGAGGUCUUGAGUCUCAAGGAGAAGCAUGAGAGGGAAAAACAGCGUCUGGAAAUGCAGGUUCGGGGCGAACGGUCCAUCGCUGAGCGGGAGGCCGAGCUGAACCGGGAGAAAUCCUCGGAUUUGGAAAAGAUGAAGAUGCAGAUGGUCACGCUGACGCGGAAACUGGACGACGAAGUCACGGCCAAAGAUCAGGUGGUGGGCGAAACUCACCGCUUGGAGCGGAAGUUGCAGGAGCUCUCCAUGGGCAGUGCCGCGGGCGGAACAGCCGCCGGCGGCUCUGCUGGCGCCUCUGGAGAGGAAGAGAGAUCGCGGGAGAGGACUAGCCAGGUCUCCACGAAGCUGAUGAGAGUCGUGGACCAGUGGAUGCGCUGCAAAGACAUCCAGCAGGCGCUCCUUCGAGACGCAGCCAUCAACGACUUGGCCUUUGCAACACUGGCACAGGCGCUUGUUGACUGCCCCUCGCUCCAGACCCUGGACUUGUCGCGAAAUCUUCUGACCAUGGACUCUUGCUCGGACCUUUGUCAGCUCAUCACGACUGCGCCGUGCCUGUCGUUCAUAUCCCUGGCCGAGAACCUCCUAAGUCUUCGCUGUGUAGGCUACUUCAUGACCGCCAUCAUGGAGAGGCAGACCACAAAGAGGUUGGUGCCACUCGACCUCCUCGAUCUGCAAGGCAACGAGGGGCUGCAGAUGGCCCUAGCCCAGGCACCACCCCAGGAGCUCGUGGCGAAGCUCAGGGAGGCAGCUCAAUCGCCUUCUGGCAAGGCUCUAACGUCUCCUCCUGCCAUCGACCUUGCCAGUCACGUGAUGAGGUCGCUUUGGAGAUUUCUUCACGACACACAGCAUCCACAAGUGAAGAACACAACUGUGGAUGAGUAUGCCUUUCAGAGCAUGGACAAGGUCACCCUCCACAAAAUGGACACUGCCCUCAUGAAGAUCCUCUUGUUGGCAGCUGACGAGACCUUCGGCAAGGAGGCGAAGGCUGUGACGGCGAACGUCGUUCUCCUGCCUGCGAUGAUAUACCAGGCACAGGCCGUGCGUCCCGACACCGUGGGAUCGCAGUCGGCAAGCAACGCGCGGCGGAGUGUUCAGGAAGGCUCACCAGUAGCUGCAAUGGAGAAGACGAAGCUCAAGCGGCAGCCGUCCCAGAAGAAGAUGCAGAAGGUGGCAUCGGAGCCACUCCAGGAGGAACCAAAGGUCUCUUCUGACCCCUUUGCCGACUUGAAGAGCGCCUUCGAGCCAGUGAAGGAGAAGGCAAAGUCCUUCAAUCUGAAGCAGAUCGUCAGCAGGACCGGGACUGUCCUGAUGAACAUGCUGGAGCGGCUUCUCGAGAACACGGACAUUGAUGCUGUUGAUGUGGAGUCCAACAUGACGCUGCUUGAGUUCGCAUGCACAACGGGCAAUCUUGGCCAGUGGCCCAGUGCUGGAGGGUGCUUGACUACGCUGUAG